AUGCACUUUGUUAUGGCACGACUCCUCGUUCGAAAACAACCAAUCAUUCAUAAGGAAGAGUUCAAAAAUACUCGCAUUAGAAGGGACUCUGCAGUGGCGAAAAUCAGAGACAUUAAAGACGGGAAUUGGAACUCGCUCUUGAGAAGAGCUCAAGAGAGACAGAGAAUACUGGAUCACAUAAGCAUCAUACAACUCUACGACAGACCCGACGUUCAUGAGUGGAAAGCAGAGAAUAAUGGGAAGUUGGUUUCAAAGAGAAUAUGGGAGGCAACUCGGAAAAAAGCACAGAAAGUAGAAUGGGCUCCUCUUGUAUGGUCAACCAAGAUCAUUCUGAGACGCCAGUUCAUCAUAUGGCUUGUCUUCUGGGAAAGACUCAGCACUCGAAACCACAUCAGCAAGUAUAUGAGUGUCCCCGACAUUUGCAAAGAGUCUGGAGCUUUUCAGUUUCUCGAAGAAUGGAAAGAAAUCAAAGAUGUAGCAAUGCUCAAAGCCAAAGAAAACAGAUUCACAACAAACGAGCAGAAUGCAAGAGUUUAUUGCAGAACCCGCAAGAGCAUCGAAGAGCUAUGGAGAGAUAUCGUCUCAAAUUGCGGCGCCCUCGCGGUAACAUGGAGGAGAAUUCUAAACACGGAGCAUAAUUGGAACAUAUGCAGAACUCCAUAUUACACAUUCGCCAAAGACGCAACAAGUGCGCCUCCAGCUGCAUUCUAUGACUACAUCAUUAUCGGCGGAGGUACCGCCGGUUGUGCACUCGCGGCCACCCUCUCCGAAGGGGCCAACGUUCUCCUUCUCGAAAGAGGAGAAAUGCCCUACGGAAUCCCAUCCAUUAACCACGUAGAAUCGUUCGCCAACACACUAGACAACGUUUCCUCGACUUCUCCAUCCCAAAGUUUUAUCUCCACCGACGGAGUAAGAAACACCCGAGCACGAGUCCUGGGUGGUGGGACGUGUCUCAACGCAGGCUUCUACACCCGAGCGAACCCCGAGUUCUUGAACCGGGUAGGGUGGGAACCACUGUUGGUGAAAGAAUCAUAUGAGUGGACUGAGAGGAAGUUGGUAUUCGAACCGUCGAUUCUGCAGUGGCAGUCGGCGGUUCGUGAUGGGCUCUUGGAAGCCGGAGUAGAGCCUUAUAAUGGUUUCACUUACGAACAUAUAAUCGGAACUAAAGUUGGGGGGACAAUUUUCGAUCAAAAUGGUAGACGUCACUCGGCCGCGAAUUUAUUGGAGUAUGCCGAUCCUCAUAGGCUUACCCUUCAUUUCAAUGCAAAUGUUCAUCAAAUCUUGUUCAAUGAAAAUGGGAAGAUAAAUCCAAUGAGCUAUGGUGUUCUAUACAAGGACUCUAGAGGAAACAUUCACAAGGCUUUACUCAAUAAAGGGGUCAUGAAUGAAAUCAUCUUAUCAGCUGGGGCUUUAGGGAGUCCACAAUUGUUAAUGUUAAGUGGGAUCGGGCCUAAAGCACAUCUCAUGGACCAUGGGAUCAAAGUCAUAUUGGACUCGCCAUUGGUCGGGGAAGGAAUGUCCGACAACCCGACAAACAUGAUAGUUGUUCCUUCCCCUCGUCCGGUUGAAGUGUCCCUCGUACAAAUUGUGGGUAUCACCCCGUUUGGUAGCUUUAUCGAAUCAGCUAGUGGGGAACAGUUUGGAGUCAAACUUCCUAACCUAAACGAUUAUAUUGCACUAAUGAAUCGCACGGAUCAAACUACAACUAUCUUGCCUCAGGCUUCGAAAUCUGGAAUCAUACUUGAGAAGAUUAAUGGGCCUUUAUCGACGGGUCAUUUGGAGUUAGAAUCAACUAAUGCAUAUCUUAAUCCAAAAGUAACAUUCAAUUAUUUCAAAGAGCCACAAGACUUAGAAAAGUGUGUGAAGGGGUUGCAAACCAUAAUUCGAGUACUCGAGUCGAAAGCCAUGUCUAGUUUUCGUUAUCCAUUCGUGACGGUUCAAGCCUUAUUCGAUAUGAUGUUAACCCUACCCGUGAACCUUCGACCUAAACACCUCUCCUCUAGAUUCUCUUUGGAACAAUUUUGCAAAGAUACGGUUACAACCCUUUGGCAUUAUCACGGAGGUUGUCAAGUAGGAAAAGUGGUUGAUCGUGAUUACAAAGUUAUCGGAGUCAAUGGUUUGCGAGUCAUUGAUGGCUCUACUUUUUUAGAGUCCCCCGGAACCAAUCCUCAAGCUACUGUCAUGAUGAUGGGAAGGUAUAUGGGACAGAAAAUCUUGAAUGGGAGGCAAGCUAAGAAAUAAAAGAGGAAGGCUGGUUACUUUCUUGA